AUGCAACGUCGUGUUCUGCACAAGGAAGACCUCUGCAUCCAUGGCAUGGGAAUGGAGGCGAUUAUUUGCCAACCGACAACAUCAGCUGUUGUCCCUGUUCAUCUUCUCCGCAAGGUCUUCGGCACAUAUCAGUACCAGCCAGGGCUUGCGAACAGGUCGGGGCAAAUUCGCUUAGACUACGUGGAAGAACGGUUUACUAACAGCCACUGGCCUUCAUCCCGUCUCCAUGCAGCACCCCUCUUCAAGUCAAACGUACAGAUUCAGACAGGGCCAGGCGACCCAAGCAGUUUCCCUGAGCCCAAAAGUCUGCAGGGACAGUUUCUCGCCUCACCUCUGUUUCGAAAUCUCCAAAGCCCGCCUUAUCUAUUUGGUAGUCCAGUCCAGUCCGGACUUUCUCCUCAUGAGGUUGGUCUAUACGCCUUGACGAACGUCUCCGUCUCGAGUCAAGUCAGCAACCAGCAUAGCAGCUAUUGCUCGGGGCUGCUGCCAAAGUGCUUUCUGCACCUACUGCUGUAG